AUGAAGACCCCCGGCGCGCAGGAAGCCGAAGGGCCACAAGCCAGGGCACCAGCGGGACGGGCCACUGGGUCCGCAAACACCAUGAAGAAAAGAAGCUGCCCCAAGAAGCAGAGGGGGCGACCUUCGUCCCAGCCCCGCAGGAACAUCGUGGGCUGCAGGAUUUCCCACGGGUGGAAGGAAGGCGACGAGCCCGUCACCCAGUGGAAGGGAACCGUCCUGGACCAGGUGCCUAUAAACCCCGCUCUUUACCUGGUGAAAUAUGACGGCAUUGACUGUGUCUAUGGACUGGAACUUCACAGAGAUGAGAGAGUUGUGUCUCUUAAGGUUCUUUCCGACAGGGUGGCGUCCUCUCAAGUGGCUGAUGCGAACCUUGCCAACUCCAUCAUUGGCAAAGCGGUGGAGCAUCUGUUUGAGGGCGAGCAGGGCUCUAAGGAUGAAUGGAGAGGGAUGGUGCUGGCCCAAGCGCCAAUCAUGAAAGCGUGGUUUUACAUUACCUAUGAGAAAGAUCCCGUCUUGUACAUGUACCAGCUUCUGGAUGACUAUAAGGAAGGAGACCUCCGUAUCAUGCCAGAGCACAGUGAGCCUCCUCCGGCGGAGAGGGAGCCGGGGGUUGUAGAUGGCCUGAUAGGCAAACAUGUGGAAUAUACCAAAGAAGACGGCUCCAAACGGAUCGGCAUGGUCAUUCACCAAGUGGAAGCCAAACCCUCUGUGUACUUCAUCAAGUUUGAUGAUGAUUUCCACAUCUAUGUCUAUGAUUUGGUGAAAAAGUUCUAACUGUUAGUGUAGAAUUGGCCA